UGUGUAUUAAUUCAAACCACUACAUAUUUUAUUUUUGACCCUUUAGGACAGCCAUUUUUGUCGGCUACCCUCUUUGGAGAAAAGAGAGCAAAUAUAUGACGUGUCUUUGUGAACGAUCAUAUCUUUGGUCGUAGAAAGGAAUAUUUUUGCCCGGUUUAGAAUAAACCCCGUAUGUCAAGGAACAGGUUAUCCGGUUUAACCUUAUCACAACAACGUACAAUAUCUCAAGCAUAAGAUACAACAACGAAGGAACACAGAUUUUUCAUAUAAAUAGAAUAUACGCACAUGGUAUCAGGGUUUUGAUCGUAAAGCAUUCUCAUCUACGUAUUUUCUCUCUCUACCUCCCACCGCCUCUCCAUCUCUCUCUAGAAUUCUCACCAUGCCUCGCAGAAGCUCCGGCGGAAGGUCAGCUAGGGCACCUGCUCGUGCUCCAGCACGCAACCCACCAGCUCCAGCAAGCCGAGCACCCCCUCCUGCUCCUGUUCAGCAGAGUAGCGGUGGUGGGUCGAUGCUUGGAGGCAUUGGUUCAACUAUAGCCCAAGGCAUGGCUUUUGGUACUGGAAGUGCUGUUGCUCAUAGGGCUGUGGAUGCUGUGAUGGGUCCUCGUACAAUUCAACAUGAAGCUGUUGUUGCUGCUGCUACUGAUAUGCCUACAAACAACACUGUAUCUGAUGCUUGUGGUAUGCACACCAAGGCUUUCCAAGAUUGUAUUAACAGCUCUGGGAGUGAUAUUGGGAAGUGCCAGUUUUACAUGGAUAUGUUGGCUGAAUGCAGAAGAAACACAGCUCUGAAUGCUUGAGUGUAUGCAAUUUCACACAACACAUUACAUUCAUAUGAAAUGAAACUUUAUUUUUUGGGUAUUGUUGGAGUGGUUAUAUGAACUUUGGUGGCUAAUAAAUGAUCUUGAUGUUCUCUUCAUCAUCAUGUGAUUGUAUGAUGGGUUAAAAGUUAAAACCAUGUGGUGUUAUGGAUAUCUUGCUUUCAUUUGUAUGCAUUUGUUCUUUCAACAAUCCUCACUUUUUCUUUCAGUUUUUUUUUCUUCAUAUCCCUGACCUUUUUACGUGUGGAUUUGUUGUGUUCUUUGUUUAAUAGAGAAAAUGAC